GUUCUUCACCGAGACCUGAAGCCACAGAACCUGCUGAUAAACGAGAAGGGGGAGCUCAAACUCGCUGACUUUGGCUUGGCACGGGCAAAAUCUAUCCCCACCAAGACUUACUCUAAUGAGGUGGUGACGCUCUGGUAUCGGCCCCCAGAUAUUCUCCUGGGAUCAACAGAAUACUCCACACAGAUUGAUAUGUGGGGCGUCGGAUGCAUCUUUUAUGAGAUGGUCACCGGGCGACCUCUUUUCCCAGGAUCCACUGUGGAAGAACAGUUGCACUUUAUAUUCAGGAUACUUGGGACACCCACUGAAGAAACGUGGCCUGGUAUCCUAUCUAAUGAAGAAUUUAAAUCCUACAAUUAUCCCAAAUAUUUUCCAGAUCCUAUCCAGAAGCACGCUCCCAGGCUGGAUUCAGAUGGGGCAAAUCUUCUCUCUAAGCUCUUACAGUUGGAGGGAAGGAGAAGGAUCUCUGCGGAUGAAGCCAUGAAGCAUUCAUACUUCCAGGAACUGGGCGAACGUAUUCACAAACUGCCAGACACUACUUCCAUCUUUGCACUGAAAGAGAUUAGUCUGGAGCCAGAGAACAAGCACAGGGCAGUCCCAGACCCAGGUAAGAUGAUAGAACUUCAAGCAAACCUCUAUUUUGCCCAUGAUCUCCACCCUUAA